AUGUCAAGAUCCAGUGUUUACCGGGUCGCUUCCAAAAUCCCAACCACAGGAACCCUGUGCUUGCCACUCUUCCAGCUGGUGCUCUCAGAUCUAUCCUGUGAAGAAAAUGAAAUGUGUGUGAAUUAUGAUGAACAACAUCUCGAUGGUUGGUAUAUCUGGUUCCUAUUGCUGAUUUUCUUCAUGGUUCUCCUCUGUGGAGCAGUGCUUUUCUGUCUCCAAUGUUGGCUGAAAAGGUGCCGAUUUGAUCCACCCAGACGCACCAUGGCUGUUUUUGCUGUUGAAGACUUGGAUUCAAUAUAUGGUACAGAAAUGAUUGGCAGUUCAACAGCUGGCACCUGCUUUCCUGCUCAGAACACUGAACUGUUCCCUGCUCCGUGUUUUGGUGCAUUAGGUCCUCCACCUCCAUAUGAAGAAAUUCUAAAAACAAACUGA